AUGGGCGCGAAAGCACAGACGUCUCCCAGAAUUGGGACACUCAAGAAGCUCAUGGGCAUGGGACAGAAAGCGAAAGAGACUGGCAGAGAAGAAAAAGGUUCAGCACAAUAUGAAGAGGCAGAACAGAAGACAGCGAAGAUGGAGCAGGCAGCCAAUGCAGUCAGGCACAAGGCGAAGAAGGAAUUCGAAGAAGGUGACAUGAAGGAGUUUCACUGGAUGAUGGUGGCAUACACCGUGAUGGUGGUGAUUGCCACGAUCUUGUUUCAAGCUAAGAGAGACCGAAGAGCCUCGUUCCCGGAAAACCCGAAGUCGCCCCAGCAGGGAAGGGUAGAGGAGACCCUGUCCAGCGCCCCAGUGGCGGCGACGCAGGUGCGGGUGGAGCAGACCCUGACCAGCGCCCGCCAAGUGGCCCGCCUGGUCACUCUGGAUAGGCCCUCACUACAAAGCCCAGUGGUGUUGGUUGUGUAA